CCCUCCCUCCACCUACGCUGCUCAUCACAGCGUCUGUGUGGGUGUGUGUACCUUCUCCCUCCUCCUCCCUGGGGGUUUGGUUGGGGUUUUGCUUGCUUGCUCCCAGGAGGAAUCAACAGCGACGGACGGCCCCCGCCCCCGCGCCGCGGCGGGUGCUUAGGCGUGCGGGUGCUCGAAUCGCGCGGCGCCGCAGAGGUUUCAUAGAAGUAGAGAGAUCAAACAAGAAUUUGGGUUUGUUAACCCAGAGGAUAUGGCUGGGCGUGCUUGUGAAGAUAGAUACGCUAAUGCUGAUUUAGUUUGUGCUCUGUGUGACAAUGGAGGUGAAAUUGUAAGCUGCGAAGGCCGGUGUCUGAGGUCAUUUCAUGCAACUAAUGAUUCUGGUGAACAAUGUCCAACCUUAGGCUACAGCAGGCAGCAGUUAGAUGUGAUGAAAGUCUUUAAGUGCAAGAAUUGUGAGUAUGAAAUAUAUCAAUGCUUUGCCUGUGGAAGGCUAGGUUCAGCUAAAACUAAUCCUCCAGAGGUGUUUCCAUGUGCUUCAUCAACUUGCGGUCACUUCUAUCAUGCAAAGUGUGUUGCUCAGUUACUCUUCCCUGAAAACGAGGCCAAAUCGACUGAGUAUACAGCAAAGAUAGCCAGUGGGGCAAAAUUUGCAUGUCCCCUCCACAAAUGUGGCAUCUGCAAGUACGGGGAGAACAAAGAGGAUAAGGAGCUGCAGUUCGCUGUAUGUAGGCGGUGCCCAAAGUCGUACCAUAGAAGAUGCUUGCCAAGGGAAAUUGUCUUUGAGGAGUUCACUGAGAAUGGUCAAUGUGUUUUCCAAAGGGCGUGGGAUGACCUUCUUCCCAACAAUCGAAUCUUGAUAUAUUGCUUGUAUGAUAUGUUUCCUGCAGUCAAGUUGAGAAAUUCUUCAUUAAGAAAUUUGAUGAAUAAAAGAAGGAAAGUGACUAUGCCUGAAGAAAAACCUGUGGUUAUGACAAAACUCCCUGACAUUGACAGAGACACUGAGAUGAGAAUGUAUGAGUUUGCACAAAAAGUGGCAGCUGGUAUAACAAUGGAGGAUGUAAAGAAAAAGCUAGUGGUACCAUCUACACACACACCAAAUCAGAAUGCUGAUAACAUUACACUGGAAAAGGUGGAAGGAUCUGUUGAGGCGGUUAAAGAUGCUCUGCAUAUGUUAGAAAAUGGUGCAUCUAUAGCAGCUGCCAAAUCUAUCUGCCCACCUCAUAUUCUGUUUCAACUUGUAAAGUGGAAGAACAAGCUGAAUGUAUUUCUUGCACCAUUUCUUCAUGGCAUGCGCUACACAUCUUAUGGGCGCCACUUCACGAAACUGAAUAAACUCCAGCUGAUUGUUGAUAAGCUACAGUGGUAUAUUCAAAGUGGUGACACGGUGGUUGAUUUUUGCUGUGGUUCAAAUGACUUUAGCUUGUUACUGAAGGAAACAUUGGAAUCUUCUGGGAAAAAUUGCUUCUACAAAAAUUAUGAUCUCAUUCAACCAAAGAAUGAUUUCAAUUUUGAGAGACGAGACUGGAUGACUGUUCAACCAGAUGAAUUGCCCACAGGAUGCAGACUGGUCAUGGGGUUGAAUCCUCCCUUUGGGUUUAAAGCCUCUCUUGCGAACCAGUUCAUCAACAAAGCCCUCACUUUCAAGCCAAAGCUUAUAAUACUCAUUGUUCCCAAAGAAACUGAAAGAUUGGACAAGAAAUACCCACCAUAUGAGCUAAUAUGGCAGGACUCAGAUCAGCUUUCGGGAAAGUCAUUCUAUCUACCUGGAUCUCUGGGUGUUGACAACAAGGUGAUGGAGCAAUGGAAUAUGUCACCUCCUCCGCUUUCUCUGUGGAGCCGUAGUGAUUGGGCUAAGAGGCACUCAGACAUUGCCAAAUCAAUGAGGCACAUCCCCAAUGAAAUUGCGUCCUCUGGUGAUUUGCAAAGGGACAUGGCUGCAUCUGUACCUACCACAGAGCAUGUGGAGAUAGAUGAUGCAGAGGUCGCAGGCAUACCUCCCUGUUUCCUGGAUCAGCUGAUGUCUGACACGUUCCAUGACCCAACAACCUCUCCAGGGGACUGCUGGAAUGAUACCAAUGGCAGAUUGCGGCAACCAUGCAACUAUGAAACUGCAGGACCAGGAAGAAACGAUCCAACCUAUGAUCAUACAGACACGUGCUCUGAUAUGAGCAUUUCAUUGUCAGAGAGUGAUUUUCAGAGAAAAGAUCAUGCUUUGUCAAUGCCAGAGCAUGGAGGCACCAACUCUGAAGCCUCGGAUGCUGUUGGAAGUGCAUCGGCAGAGAAACCAACUGUUGAUGCUGAUUACGAUGAGGUAACGUCAGCUUCUGGUCCGAAUCAUUUUCCGGGGGUUGCAUCAGGGGCAGGCAGAGUUCAAUAUUGGAUGAUGGAAGACUCACCACUCCUGGAGGACGGAGAGCUGAGCGAUGCACCACCAGUGGACAGGCCUGCAGCGGACACGAAGGAACACAUGCCAGCAGCAGCAACACCCAGAGCUGCCUCCUGGUGUGGGCAGCCAGACCACUCGCCCCCUGUGCCCAGGCAUAAUGCCAGAACUCUGCCACCAAGAAACACCUUCCCCGGACUGCGCUUGCGGCAAGGAUGCAACACCUCUCGUCAGUUCCUGCCCCAAGGCACGGGCCAUCAGGCCGUCCAUCAAGGGCCAUCAAAUGCUUGGAUUGAGGAUGAAGACUAUUAGGCCUAGAUUACCAAGGGGGAAAAAAAUCCCUCUUCUGCUUGUGAAAUGACCUGCCCAUGACAUCGUUGCUGUGUAGAGUAGGGGAUAGCUGCUAAUGUGCCUCGCGUUGUCUUCACAGGUGUGAGCUAGUUUAUUCUACGGCCGGCUUUGGAGUAUGCUGAGGUUAUGCUAACGUUGGUAGAGUUGGUUUCGGAGUCUGAGGAUCAUUUCCUUUCGUUAAUUGUUAUUACUACAUUCAUGCCCUUAUGCUUGAGCCUGUAACUUUUUCUGACGAAACAUCUUGCCAUGGUCCGCGGACUUGAUUGGCUUUGAGCCUGAGACAGCAAAGAUGAGAAAAUGAAUUAUUCAGGACA